UCCAAUUCAGGAUAGAAUUACAGAUAUAAGAAUUUUAGCUUGAUUGCGCUUCAUACGGUUCAAAUCAUGAGGACUUUAGGGGAGGUUGGGGCGCACAUGGCUUACAACGCUGUAUUAGUCGGAAUGUUAAUCAUGUAUGGGUUAUUCGGAGCGUUCGUUUUUAGGAAAUUCGAGGCUACUGAACGUGUGUCAGUAUCAGACGGCCAGCCAGGAAUUUCGAGAGAUGAAUUACUUGUAGACCUGUGGAGUGGAAAAGAUCUUGACUUUGACGCGUGGUCUGUGCAAGCGAAAAACAAAUUGGAUUUAUACGAAGAAGGUUUUAAUCCGGAGUCGUCCAUUUCUGCCGAAUGGAGCUUAGAUGAGUCGUGGUUAUUCGCUUGCACAAUAUUCACUACUAUCGGUUAUGGCAAUAUUACCCCGAUGUCCACCUCUGGCCGUAUUUUCUGUAUUCUGUAUGGAUUUGUUGGAAUACCUUUGUUCAAUGUAGUUGCCGUGAGUCUAGGAUCUCUAAUAACCGGCGUGAUUCAAUUUUUUCACUCCACCUAUGAGAAGCGAAAGAGAAAAAUUGUGGCAGAAACACAUAAGAAAGACGACUUUGACUCUGAACCGCUGGCAAGUGAAGUCAACCAAGAGGGUAACCUUACUUUCAAGAGUGUACUGAGCAUGACUGUAGCUUAUCUAGCGGCUGGUACACUGCUAUUCUCCCUGUGGGAGGAUUGGUCGCUGUUUGAAGCGUUCUACUAUUGCUUUGUGACUCUGACAACGAUAGGUCUCGGGGAUUAUGUGCCGCAGAACAUGCACCACACGGUGUUCUUUGGUGGGUACAUUAUCGUGGGUCUUGUCUUGGUGACCAUGCUAUUUAGCACCAUGGAAGAAGAGAUUUCUCAGUGGUUUGAUAAGAUUAAGAAAGCAGCUGGGAUAACAAAGCACCCGCAAGAGGACAAAAAGGAUCUCUAGGCCAUGAUACUGAUAUUGAAUACAUCUACACCUUGGAUUGUGUUUGAUUACCGCUGCAUGAACGAAAAAUGCCGGCGUUGAGUGUUACUAGGUGAGAGACAACUAAUCUGCAACCCCGAGAGCUACUGGUUAAAGAAACACAAUGGCGUUUAGCGGAUAAACAGAAAUACAGCGCGACAGAUGUGUGGCUAGAACAGAAAGUAGAGAUCUAAAAAUUCGUUGACCAAGAUGAGGAAAAUGUUCGGAUGAAGUUUUGUCAGCGGCCAAUUGUUUGGCAUCAUAAGCUCUGCUAUUUCUUUCCUUUUCUUGAUUUGUUUUGUUUUGUUUUUUUUUACACAUAAUAGCGGAGCUCGCAGAGCGUAGCCCCAUAAUUAUACAAAAUAGUAGUAACCCAUCAAGCCGAAAAAAUUUGGUUGUACGACCAUACGACCGUACAAGGUGCUACUUUUAACAUGCGUGCUCAAUUGUACCACGGCUUUGUCCGGUAGUCCAGUGGUCAGUGGCACUGGGCUCUGAGUCGGACGACCUGAGUUCUAGUCCUGGCCCGGGCAAGGCGUUGUGCCCUUGAGACGUGCGGGAAAAAAAUGCGAGCUCCGCUUUUAGGCUUGGCUAAAUCUGUAUAUUAUACUGUCCUGUUAAGAAACUGAUUAUCUUAAUAUGUAGCCUUAAACUGAUACCGACAUCCGUUUUGUGAAUGAAAUAAACUCAGCCAAGACUGUUGUGCUUUAUUAAAACAUAGGCUCGUUCCCGGUUUGUAGCAGAGAAAAUAGAAGGAAAUUCAGGAUUUACGGGUACAAGUUACUUUUCUUCUUCUGUCGCUUAUGCAUACAUAUCUCGGCGAGUCUGCAAGUAUCAAUGCAGCAGAAGAGCAUGUUUCCCUAUCAAAACUUUGGCAUUUUAAACCAGAAGUAGUGGUGAAAGGAGGGAUGUACUCAAUAAAGCGGCAGACUUUCUAUGUC